AUGACAGACACCAUUCUUGGACUUGAGGUUAAUGAAUUUGUAGUGAAUCGUUAAUCUGCCAAGAUCCAAUAUUUGCUUGAAGAGAACAAACAACUAUCGGAAUAAUUGAAGGAUAUGGAGAAAGCAUUAAAAUUGAAUAAAGAAGUUCUUCGUUUAACCCUUGAGCAAAAGUAAUAGUGCUUAUUUAUCCCAUAAGUCUGAACAAUUCAAACAACUCGACGAAUUCUAGUGAGCAGAUUCAAACAAUUCAAUUGUAAAUGAAGCUGCAUGAAGAGAAUGAAAUGCUUAGAAAUUAAAUGGCGAAAUUGACAGAGGAAAGAAACAUAGCCUAAAAUAAAGUAACUAUUUCAAUUAAAAAUCAAGGUUUUGUUGUCUUAACAGAUAUCAGAGGAAAAUUAAGCGUUUUAUAAAGAUCUAAUUGUUGAAUUGGAAGAGAAACUAGGAGAGUUACGAAGAUGCAUUCAAGAUAAAGAAUAUACCAUUCAAGAUAUUGAGAAAAACAGAGGUUUGAGUGAUAAUGGACAAAUGGUAAAGAUUAGAGAAAUAGUAACACCGCAUGAACAAUCCUUGCGAUUACAUGAAGAGUUAGAGUCAACCAGAUAGAUCUUAAAUAAGUUAUCUCAAGAAUCACAAAACUUAUAAGAGUAGAACAGACAACUCAAAGACAUCAAUCAAGUAUUUUUUAACAUUUUAUUUUUAGAAUUUCAAAAGAGAGUUAAUCAAACUUCGAAUCAUCUUGAGGAGUCCUUUGGCGUAUUAUAAAAUGAAAAGUAAGCUUUGCUCCAUAAUUAUAAGAUUUCAUUUAUAAUGAUGAUCCAGGUGAUUCUGCUGAUAAUAUCUCAUUGCAUGAGGAAAUAUAUCAAAAUUAACCAUUUAAUCAUAAUUCAAAUGACACACCUGCUUAAUGCUAGAAUAAUCAGGGAUUUCAAUAAUCAUUACCGAAUAGUAUCAAGUAUAUGACUAAUAAUGAGAGGUAAUUCAUUAGAUAAAUAAGAUUAGAGCAAAUUAUUAAGAAAAAUUACAGAAGACAGAGACCUUAUUAAAAGGGUAUAAGGAACUAUUUGAAAAGGAAAAGAACAAAGUAGCAUUGUUGUCUUAAUCAACUGAUGAUUUGGAAAAGAAAAUUAACUAAUGCUACAGCUAAAAUGAGCAAUUAAUAAAGGCAAUCAGGAGUAGAGAUUAGAAAAUAGAAUAGUUAUAAGCCGAAGUCCAAUAUUAUAGAACUUAAUAUGGAAAUUACAUUCAUUUUCUUAAAAAUAAAAGAGUGGUUAAUUUAAAUUUAUCAGUUCAAUUGAAUAAACUUUCUAAUAAUAAAUAACUUACUCCACCUCCAGUCACAAAUGAAAAUAAUAGAAUAUUAACUGAUUUUGAAAGGGAUCCUGACUCUGCUGAAUAACAUGUUAGUAUUUUAGAUGAACCAGUAGAUGAGCAAUCACCAGAAAUUAGAAAGAACAAUUAAUAAAAUGGUUAAAAUAAAGCUCAUUAAAAAUUAAGCAAUAUGCUAGAGCAUAAUUAUUCUUAAAUGAAUUAGUUAGAAUGCAAAUAAUUUUUGUUAAAUACUGCAAAAGAUCUUUAUAUCCAGUAUAACUUGAAGAUGAAUAACCUAUAAAAAAAACAGCUCAUGGAUCUAAACAAAUGCAUUAAAGCUAAACCAAUCUGGCAUUUAAAAUCUAGUAGUGAUCCUUUGGAUUACUUUACUUUAUAAUAUCACAAUCUUUAGAUUAGUGGUAAAAGUGAAAUCAAGCAUAAUGACGAGCUAGCCAAUUUCCUAAGAAAGAAGUACCCUACUAAAGAAGUUGAAAAGGACAAUUGGGAUUUCAUAAAUGAUAUUUCAAUGAUUUAAGGGGAUAAACCUAAAUAAAUGAUAUCUGAACAUUUUGGAUUUAAUGAGAUCGGUUUUAGUUGAUAAAUUAAAACGGAA